UGAUGGUAUCGUCCAAAGAUGGCAGCCUCCGUGUUGAAGCGAUGUGUUACUGCGGCUGUCAAAGUUAAAUGUUUAUCCCCGUCUUUUUCAGCCAGGAGAUGGUUGCUCUCAGCAGCUUACACAGACACCAAAGUGUGGGAAGCAAGGGAGAAAGAGCCUCUAAACCUGGCUCUACUUGCCAACAAUAUGGACAGGACAUACGACAGAAAUCUUCCAGUGAGCUCUCUGACUGUGUCUCGGUUUGUUGACAACAUUUCAUCUCAAGAGGAAGUGAACCAAGCAGAGUACUACCUUUACAAGUUUCGUCACAGUCCAAACUGUUGGUACCUGAGAGACUGGACCAUUCACAGUUGGAUAAGGCAGUGUCUAAAAUAUGAAGUCAGAGAGAAGGCCCUGCACACACUUAAAAACAAGGUCCAGUAUGGAAUAUUCCCAGAUGACUUCACGUUUAACCUGCUCAUCGAUUCUUACAUUAAGGAUGGCGACUUCAAAAGUGCGUGCUCUGUGGUUGAAGAGGUGAUGCUUCAGGAGGCCGUCGACCUUUCCUCCACACAGAUCCUGUCUCUGUAUGCCCUUGCCAGUUACCUAGCAACCAGACCACAACUCACUGUGUCGGAGGAGCGGAUGUUGGGAGCGUCGCUGCUCCUCUGUGGGAUAAAGCAGGACAACUCUGUUGGCCUCAGCGCUCAGCUGCUGGGCAACGCCAUGCUAGGCAAGGUGGAAAUGUUGAAGGGCAUUCAUGCCGUGUUCAAAGGGAUGCCUCUGUUCUGGGAGCGGGGAUAUCUGAGCCGGGCGCUGGAUGUCAUGGAAGGAGUGGCUGCUGCUUCUGAGGACGUCAAGCUGUCCAAAGACUCCCUGGACUACAUGAACGACUUGCUAAAGGAACUGUCUUCCACCUCAGACAGCGAGUCGUCUGGAGAGGAGUCGGCAGGAGAGGAGGAAAAGAAAGAAACCACUGUCGAUGAAGACGAUAAGGCGGAGCAGGCUAAGCUCCCUCAAUAUGUCAGUAGAUUCAAGGAACUGUGUGGCCGGCUGGAGUCUGAGGGUAAAGUGGACUCUGCCUCAUUCCUCGUUGCAGUGACCGCUCUGGCCCAACAGAACCUGGCUGCUGCGGAGAAAUCCGACCUGGAGCAGUACGAGAGGAAGGUGCCGGCCUGGGAGGCAGAGAGAAGGCAGCUGAUCCAGAGAGAGAAGGAGUUGAGGUUGCAGGCUGAGCAGGAGAAAAUGGAGCGGUUAGCAGCCAAGGCCGCAGCCCAGCAGGAGGAGACGAGAGCCGAACAAUGACACCUGAAAUUUUCCUUGAGUUUACCCGUUAAAAUUGUGAAAUAUCAACAUCCACAACAUUGUGUCACUAGUCAGUUUUGUAUAGAACUAUUAUUGUGUGCUCAUGUGAGUAUUGCUCUGUUUUUAUAAAACUAAAUAGGGCAAAUAUUAAAAUAAUGUAUCAAAAAUGUUGUCUCACAUUUGUUGUUUUUCUUGGAUGAUUAUGAAUUAUUUUGACAUUGGCACACAUCGAUAAUCGUCAAACCCGAUGGUUGAGUGACCUCAUGUAAGCAAAAUAAAUGAAAGAUUGUACCAACA